UGUUAUUCCAUCCUCGCCAUUUUGCAAUGUGGGAGAGAGAGAGAGAGGGGCCACUUUUUAUGGCUAACGAAUAAAAGAAAGCGGUUUAUGUGCUGAGGACAAAGAGCGCCAAACUUCUCCGUGUCCGUCAUGGAGGAGAUCACUAAUGUCAUCACACACUCAUCCGCUGCCUCGUCUUCCUCCUCCACAUCGGGCUCCCACACACGGCAAACCAAAGAGAAGCAACCCUCUCAGGGUUUUCAGCAGAAAACGGCAGAUGAUUCUCUCAUCCAGGUCAUAAAGAAGCUCAGCAAGAUUGUGGAGAAGCGGCCCCAGCGUCGCUGCGCAUCAGGGGGACAGAAAAGAGCGCUCCAAGUGGGGGAAAGGGGAGCCGAGCAGGGGGGCGGCUCUAUAUGUAAGAAAAUUAAAAGGAACUUAAAGGAUGAGGUGGGAGUAGAGCGCAGCACAGACGACAGCAGUCUUCCCUCACCUUGGUCAGGUGACGAUAACAACAACGUGACCACCGCGGUGGCAGAGGUAGCUGCCAACCCCAACAGCAGCGACCUCAAGCGGACGGUGACGUGCUAUCAGUGCAGCCUGUGCCCCCAUCUCUCCCAAACGCUGCCCCUGCUGAAAGAACACCUGAAGCAGCACAACGAGCAGCACAGUGACCUCAUCCUCAUGUGCUCCGAGUGUCACUUUACCUCCAGAGACCACGAGCAGCUGGAGGCGCACGUCAGGAUGCACUUUGACAAUGGAGACAACCAGAAGAGAAAGUACCCGGUGAGCGAGGCGAAGGAAGAGGUUUUAAAAAACCAGGAUGUGGAUCUAACAGGUGACAACUGCAGCGCAGGAACCGAAGUGAAGAAAAGCUCAGUGAGCAAUGCUAAGGAGUUACCACAGAAGAAGAAGUGGUACAGCUACGAGGAGUAUGGCCUGUACCGCUGCCUGAUCUGCAGCUAUGUUUGCAGUCAGCAGCGAAUGCUCAAAACCCACGCCUGGAAGCACGCCGGCCUCGUCGACUGCUCCUAUCCAAUCUUUGAGGAUGAAGACGGAGGUUCUGCAAAGAGAGAGGUGCAAGCUGCUCCUAACAAUGCGUCCGCCAGAGAGGAAAUAGUUGUUCUUCAAGAUAAAAGCCUGCAAAAGCUCCCUACCGGCUUCAAGCUGCAGCUCUGCAUGCCCGUGGCUGUCGAGGACAAACAGGAAGUGGUGAAUCUUCAAGGCUCUCAUCUCAGUGAAAGUCCAAAAACAGAAGAAGAGGACGAGUACCCCAUCAAAGACAUGACGUCUGAGGAGCCCGCGGUGGAGGUGCAGGUGACCACUGAGGCAGAGACGGAGGUGGAGCUAGGCGGUCACCAUGAAAGCACCUCUGCGACCGACAGCUUGCUGUCGUCGGCUCAGAAGAUCAUCAACAGAAGCCCCAACAGCGCCGGCCAUAUCAAUGUGAUCGUAGAGCGCCUUCCUUCAGCUGAGGACUCGGUCAUGGCCUCUAACCCACUUCUUCUCAGCCCAGAUGUGGACGGGGAUAAGAGCUUACUGGAGAAAAAAGCAGAAGAGCAGGAGCACGUGGAAGGUGUGAAAGAUGAGGUGGUCCUCUGCUACAGUCCGGGGAACGCUAACAAAAGCCAGCAUUUAGGAGCCGAUAUCAAACCCUCCAUCGCUAAAAGUAACGACCUUCCACGGGAUGAAAACGUCCCCCCAGCUGGUCGCAAGAGGACGCACUCGGAGUCUCUCCGCCUCCACUCACUGGCUGCCGAAGUCCUCGUGGCUAUGCCUAUGAGGACGCCCGAGCUGCCCAACUCUGGCGCCAAGGUAGCUCUGAAGACCGUUGCGGCACAGGCGCAGAGCCCGCAAGCAGGCCAGAAACCCACAGAGGGGGCUGCAGCCGGACAGAAGGCCUCUGACGUGGGAACGGCAGCAGCUAUGCUGAACUGUAAUGAGGGCAGAGAGGAAACUCUAGGAUCUCUGGGCCUGGGCAAAGGAGACGACGACGGGCCUGCAGCUAAUGGCGGGAUCAGCCUUUCCCUGCUCACGGUCAUUGAAAGACUGAGGGAGCGCUCAGACCAGAACACCUCGGACGAAGACAUCUUGAAAGAGCUUCAAGAUAACGCACAGUUCCAAAGUGGAGCUGGAGUGGUCGCGGCGAACGGAGCGGGCAGUUACGUGUGCUCCAGCGUCCCAGGGAUGGACGGGUUGGUCGGCUCUCCUGACAGCGGUCUGGUGGAUUACAUCCCAGGCAGCGAUAGGCCGUAUCGCUGCCGCCUGUGUCGCUACAGCAGUGGCAACAAGGGCUACAUUAAACAGCACCUGCGGGUGCACAGGCAGAGGGAGCCGUAUCAGUGUCCCAUCUGUGAGCACAUCGCCUCAGACAGCAAAGACCUGGAAAACCACAUGAUCCACCACUGCAAGAGCCGGAUGUACCAGUGCAAGCAGUGUCCAGAUGCCUUCCACUACAAGAGCCAGUUAAGAAACCAUGAAAGAGAGCACCACAGCUUCAGCGGUGACGUGGAAAUGCUCACACCAGUCGCUGAGACGGCGGCCGCGAUGGAGGAAACGGAGCGGGUCACAUAUGAAGAAGGUAGUCCACAGAAGAUGUUUAAGUGCGACGUGUGCAACUACACCAGCUCUACGUACGUCGGGGUGAGGAACCACCGGCGCAUUCAUAACUCUGACAAACCUUAUCGGUGCUGCAGCUGCGAUUUCGCCACCACCAACAUGAACAGUUUAAAGAGCCACAUGAGGAGGCACCCUCAGGAGCACCAGGCCGUGCAGCUGCUGGAGCAGUACAGGUGCUCUCUGUGCGGCUAUGUGUGCAGUCACCCGCCAUCGCUCAAAUCCCACAUGUGGAAGCACGCCGGAGACCAGAACUACAACUACGAGCAGGUUAACAAAGCCAUUAACGAGGCGAUCUCCCAGAGCAGCCGGUGA